CUAGGCACACUUAUUCAUGAUUAGCUGAACCAUGGUUUACUGAACCCAAGUUUCCAAGCUUAUACAAUGUCGAAACCACGGCGAAGUGCAGAGUCUGGGUUCCCACAAUAUCUCAACUAUCUCGGUGGAGACCCAAUGGUUGUGUGAAAAGGGAAGGAAGCCACAGAGCUUCUCCCAGACCCUCGCCCGCAGACUGCGUCUUUUCCUACCGUCCCCCCAAACCAGAAGCCAGGAAUGCAAUUUCGGCGGCGGCGCGGCUGGGAGCGCUUAAAGGGACGAGCCCACCAGGAUCGCCCGGAUCGCCGAAAACCUCCGGCCCGCGCAGUAGUGCGCACGAUUGUCGGAUGGACUUGCGCUUGCGGAGACCGGCCUUCUGGGCCCAGCUCCACCUGCGGAGCGGCCUCCAGGGCUGGGACCUGCCCCGAGAACUGGCCCUAGACGCCACCUGUGACCAGCUGCCCCCAGUUGCUGACGAGGCUCUCCCGACGACGCGGCUCUACCAGGCGGCCGGUGGCCCCACCGAGGCCCCUUGCCCUUCCAUCUCGGGGGCUCGUGAGGCUGCCGGGAAGCCGCACCUGUGGAUGUGGGUGGACCCCAACCUCGUCUGCCCUAUCCCUGGACACGCCACGGGGCCGCCGCCCCUGCCUGGGCCUCGUCCCCGCGCUGCUCCAGAGGUUCCGUCCUGCACCCCAGCCCGCUUCGGAGACGCCCGCCCGGGAGAAGAGGUUCCACGAGCUGUUCAGGAUCCUGGGAGUGCCCCUGAAGCCAAAUCUACCCUGCUUCCAAAAGAGGACUCCCAGAGGCCCCCCCACGCAUGCCAGAAUGCACAAGGGAUCCAAUCCCGCAGCAGGAAGCUGCGGGCCCAGUCCGGUUGGCCUCGCCCCCCUCUCAAUUAUUGUAUCUUGAUUAGCCUGGCCCUGAGCAGCAGUGUGGACAGCAGCCUGACUGUGCAGGAGAUCUACAAGUUCACCAGGCGCCACUUCCCCUUCUUCCGCACGGCUCCCGAGGGCUGGAAAAACACUGUCCGGCACAACCUCUGCUUCAGCAGCAGCUUUGAGAAGACCACAGACUUCGUUUGCCUUGAAGGGAACCGCAAGUCCCGCCUGUGGAAGUUAACCACAGAGGGCAGGCGGAAGUUUCAGGAGGAGGCGCAGGCCCUGCCAGAGGAUAUGAUGGGCUUGGUGCACCAGAGCAUGGACAAGCCAGAAUUAAUGCGGUCUCUCUUUGGCCUUUGAUCCUCGGUGUGGAAGUCUGGCAGAGGUGGCCAUUUGACCCAAGGAGUUCCCAAGGAGGAUUUGACUUUUGCCAAUCUAGCCCAAGGGAAGAGGCUGGAUUUUCCAGGCACGGGCAACCCUUGAGGCUCUGGGCAUCGCCUGCUUGGCCCUCGGCCAGAAGACACUGAGCAAGGCAGCUUCAUCCUGACCGGAGCCUGAAAGAAGGGAAGGAGAUCCUCACUCGGUUUGGUGUUGGAAUUUCUCUUUGAAGCAGUAAAAGCGAAUCGAGCCCCUUUCUCUCAUUUCUCAACCUGGAGAAGAAUCUCCCUAACCCAAUAAACGUCUUCAAAGAGCAACGCGGUGUGAUUGUCCGUGGAGUUGAUUUAUAUGCGCCCCUCCUCCGUGUUGCCCCGGGAGACGCUUAGCGAGACAGGAUUUUGCUGCUUGGAAGGACCCG